UCGGCAGUCAGCCGGGGAGAUGGGGUUCCGCAUCAGAGCCUGGCCCCUUAAGGGCCUCUGAUGAGCUAUAUUAGGCCCAUCUGCAGGCGGCUUGAGCAACUUUUAGUAGCCCCAGCAGGAGAGAGAGGAUGCAGGAGGUCAUUGCAGGGCUGGAGCAGAUCACCUUCACCUUCGAGAAGGAUGUAGAGAUGCAGAAGGGCACUGGACUCCUGCCUUUCCAGGGCAUGGACAAGUCCGGCUCAGCUGUGUGCAACUUCUUCGCUAAAGGGCUCUGCGAGAAAGGGAAGCUGUGCCCCUUCCGGCAUGACCGAGGGGAGAAGAUGGUGGUGUGUAAGCACUGGCUCCGGGGGCUGUGCAAGAAGGGCGACCAGUGCAAGUUCCUGCACCAGUACGACGUCACCAGGAUGCCCGUGUGCUACUUCUACUCCAAGUUCGGUGACUGCAGCAACAAGGAAUGUCCCUUUCUCCAUGUGAAGCCGGCCUUCAAGACCCGGGACUGUCCGUGGUAUGACCAAGGUUUCUGCAAGGACGGUCCCCUGUGUAAAUAUCGCCACGUCCGCAGAAUAAUGUGUAUUAACUACUCAGCUGGCUUCUGCCCUGUGGGACCCAAAUGCCAAUUUGCACACCCCAAGAUGAAUCUUUUAUUCAACCCAAGUUACCUGAAGCCCUAGGCUGGGAUGGCACUGGCAC